AUUAGUAAUUAACCUAUCCGCCAGCUCUGAAACCCUAAUUCCCAAAAUUCGGAGGCUGAGAUCUCUAAAUCGACCAGCAGAGGAAGAAUGAGCAGCCGUUCGAGUAGGACUGUGUAUGUUGGAAACCUUCCUGGAGAUAUCCGCGAGAGAGAGGUUGAAGACUUGUUCAGUAAGUAUGGACCUGUUGUUCAAAUUGAUUUGAAGGUCCCGCCAAGGCCUCCUGGCUAUGCUUUCGUUGAGUUUGAUGAUGCUCGGGAUGCUGAAGAUGCUAUCCAUGGUCGGGAUGGCUAUGACUUUGAUGGCCACCGUUUACGGGUGGAAUUAGCGCAUGGUGGGAGGCGUUCAUCAGAUGAUUCCCGGGGUGGUUUCAAUGGUGGUGGCCGUGGUGGUGGUCGUGGCCGCGGUGAUGGCCGUGGCGAUGGUGGUAGUCGUGGGCCAUCUAGGAGAUCAGAGUUUCGUGUUCUGGUGACAGGCUUGCCUUCAUCUGCUUCUUGGCAAGAUCUUAAGGAUCACAUGCGCAAAGGAGGGGAUGUCUGUUUCUCACAAGUGUACCGUGAUGGUAGAGGUACAACUGGAGUUGUGGAUUACACCUGCUAUGAGGACAUGAAGUAUGCGGUGAAAAAGCUCGAUGACACAGAGUUUCGAAACGCGUUUUCGCAUGGAUAUGUUCGGGUUAGAGAAUAUGAUUCGAGGAAGGAUUCUAGGAGCCCUAGCCGGGGAAGAUCCUAUUCUAGGAGUCGCAGCCGCAGCCGUGGGCGGAGCUUGAGCCGAAGCAGGAGUAGGAGCAGGAGUCCAAAGGCAAAGUCUUCACGUAGGUCGCCUGCAAAAUCUACCUCGAGAUCUCCUGGUCCCCGCUCGAAGUCAAGGUCACUGUCUCCAAGAAGAUCUCGUUCAAGAUCAAGAUCAAGAUCAAAAUCUCCUCUACCUCCUGUUCAGAAGGAAGCAAGCAAGAGCCCGAGCAAGCCAAGCCCAGCCAAGAGCCCUAUGAACACAAGGAGUCCAUCGAGGUAAAAUGUGAGAUAUCCAGGUAAAGAAACAGAGAAGAGAAGCAUCUUUCUUGCUUGGGGCAAAAAAUCUGCUUAUUUUUGAAGUGGAUCAUAUCUUAACGCUUAUUAGUUACUGAAGCAGAGUGAGACAAGUUUUGGGAGUGAUGUUUUGUAAUAUUCUUCUUGCCUUAAAACAUGUUCAGGAUCCAUUACUUUGUUGAAUGAUGUUUUUAUCGAAGAUAUCCUCUAAUAUUCUUCUU